CCAGAAAAGAAAGUGGGAAUGUCAAAAGGUUUUAAUUUUUUUCUGUUUUCAAUAAAGUUACUUUUUGGUAAUUAAUUGACGAAAUUGAAUGCGUGUAAGAUCGUAAAAUAUGUGACCAUAGGUAGAAAAGUGCAAUGUAUUUUGUGUCGUUAUUUCAUGUACCAAGUAAAUUGUUAAGGAAAAGUUGUAUUUUAUCUCCAUCGAUUUAAACGCUAUCAUAACCAGUGGUUUAUACAAGAAAUUGCAAUAAAUUUUGCAGCACAAUGUCGGUUUGUACAUACGAUUUGGAUACCUCAGGGGGUCUUAUGGAGCAAAUCCAGGCUCUCAUAGCACCUCCUGAUUCGGAUCAUAAAAAGGAUAAAAACAAAAAAGCUGACCAUCCAUAUUUUAAAAGACCAGGAAAGGGCCACAAUCACGAUUCAUGUGAUGCUUGUGGUGAAGGAGGAGAUUUGAUAUGUUGCGAUAAGUGUCCUUCGAGUUUUCAUUUAGGAUGCCAUAAUCCGCCGUUGGAAGAAAAAGACAUACCACAUGGGGAGUGGCUGUGUCACAGCUGUAAAUGUUCCAAAUUGAAAGGGGCAAAUUUGACAUCGGGGAAAAGGUCAAACAGCAGUUCUCCAUCCCCAGGUACCUCGGGUGUUAAACAGGUUACCAAAAAAGCAAAAUUAAGCGCAAUGGACGUAUUGAUCGAAGUGGCAACUUCCAUGAAUCCUAAACAGUUUGAGUUGCCGAGAGCAAUGACUUUACCCAACACCAUGUUCCCGGGGGCAGAUAAAAUUGAAUCCAUAAAACUGCCAAAGAAAAAUAAACAGAGAGAUCACGAACGACAAGGCAACGGUUUGAUACCAUUGCCCGCCAAAAAAUGUGCUGAAUGUAGGAAAUCGUGCCGAGUGGCUCCCCUACUGGCGUGCGACUUUUGCCCUUCGUUUUAUCAUUUGGACUGUUUAGAUCCGCCACUCACCGCACCUCCGAGCGGGGCCUGGAUGUGUCCUCAACACGUGGAACAUGCAUUGGAUAGCAACGUGCUGACAUCGGUUUCACUGUCCGAGCGGGUCGAAUUAUGGGAUAAAUUCUCCGCGCCCGUAGAUCAGGAUACUGUAAAACUUGAGUUUUUUCGGAGCGUCCACAGGAAAAACCCGCCGUUUCGAAUUAAAAGAAAGCUAGCGAAACUACAGGUGGUAAAAGUACCCGAUAUGGUCAAGUAUCAUUAUAAGAAACCUGUACAUUUACUGCCUAGUUUAAAGGAUGUGUUAAGGAUAGACACAUUUAACAAAAGGCAUAGGUACAAAGAUAGGUACGAAAUAGAUGAUCUAGAAGAAAUUAAGGACGAAUUAACCAUACAGAAAAUGGGUGAUAACGUUGAAGGAGAAAAUGUCUAUAAUGUUGACAUUAAAUCAUGUGAUAUUAGUAAUGUAAGUAAUCCCGAAAUCGUCAGUGAAGAAAUGAAAGUUGACCUCGCGGAAAGUACCUCCGAUAGAAAAUCCCCGUCGGUGAAUAUGAGUAUAAUUAACAACACCAUAUUUGCAAAUAACGUGAACGUGAGCGUAAAUUAUGGUCCGAGGGAAAACGGACAAGUGGAAUUGAAUAAUGGGUACUUUGAGAAGGAUCUGCUCAAGAAAGAGGAUAGUUUGAUCAAGGACAUAAUGGAGAGUUGUUUUGCCACUGAAGUGGAAUUAGAGCUGAGACAUUUGGACGACCGCGUGCUCAAAUUCCUAGCGUAUCAACGGCUGCAGCAGCUGGUGGGCAGCUCAAACAACGCCCACUGCCACCAGAACAAUCAUACGAGCAACGGUCAGACGAAUCGCGAGUCGUUGCAACAAAUGCCCCUGCCCAGCGAGCUUCUCACUCCUGCCGAUAUCGAUAGGAUAUCCAGGAUGCUGUCGAGUCCGAAAAAGAAAAACCACAACGGUAAACCGAGGGCGUUGAUCAGGGCUAGGGCGAUGCUGUGUCCGGUGGUGUCGAAACAUUUUUACAACGUGAGAACGACCGAAGUGGACCCCAACUUCGUCAGGCACGACGCGAGCUUUAUGGGGUUCCGACCGACGGUGUCUGCGAGGUUUCCCGAAGCAGUGGCGAUGAGAUACCGGGUGAUCAACGUAGGCAAGGGCUCGGCCAACGAGGUCGACUUGGAGAAGUUCGGCUACUGCAGCUAUAUAGUGGCCAAACAUGCGACGAUAUUUUUCGACGAGUACUCAAAGAGUUACGAACUGAUCAACUAUUCGCCGCACGGGACUUACGUCAACAAUGUGCUGUACUCGAACAACGUUUGCGUCAAACGUUUGUCGGAGACAGGCGACGAAGACAAACCGGCGACCUCCAAGUGCGCGAUCGUCGAGGUGCAAAUGAGAGAGGUGAUCAAUAGGAAAAGGAAGGGGAUCAAAGCGGAACCGGUCGGCAGAAAAGUGGGCGGGGUCGAGGCGCGAAUGUCCGCGGUCGACUAUAUGGAGAGGGCCGAAUGUUAUUGUUCGAAUAGCUUCGAGGACGCAAAGAAGGGUUGGGAAGGCUCGGCGGUCCUCAAUCACGGUUCCUUGUUAAAGUUCGGUUGCAUAAACUUCGUGUUCUCGAUAGUGGAGAGCGCCGUAUGAGGUUGGUGUACAUAUAGCUAAGUAAAUUAUUGAUUUUUUAUUUGUAUAUCGAGCAGUUGUAAGCGAAACGAGGUCUCAAAAUGUUUUUUUAUUCUUAUUAUUAAAGUAUGUUAUUUUUAUUUAA